AUGGCCACGACCCAGUUUGACAACGUGUACCAUGGCAGCGGCAAGCUGCUGGGUAUGAUCCGGUUCUCUGAUGCCGGGUUAGGAUGGAAGCCAUUGGAUGAGGGCGCGACUGUGACCAUUCCCGCUGAGCAGAUGACGGCCUUUGCGUGGCUUCGCGUGGCGCGCCAAUUUCAGCUCAAGAUCCGGCUCAAAGGCACGUCGGACCAGGAAGAGGGCGAGCAUGUCGCGACGUUUGAAAACUUUCAGCGCGAUGACCAUGCCAAGCUCGAGCAGGUACUGCGCGAGUGCUAUGACAAGCCGCUCGAGACGAUUGAGGUAUCGACGCGCGGUUGGAAUUGGGGCGCCGCUGAUGUCGAUGAACACGAUAUCCGGUUCUUUGUGAAGAAUAAGCUGGCAUUUUCGUUGCCGCUUGCGAAUAUUGCGAACAGCAACAUUGCCGGCCGUACGGAAGUCAGCAUGGAGUUUAUCAACCCCAAGGACCAGCAGCCUGAGCAAAACACCGGUGCUGCGUCGAGUGCCGAUGCCCUGCCCUUCCAGGGAUCGAAGAAGAACCGGCCUGAUCAGCUCGUUGAGAUGCGCCUCUACAUUCCCGGACAAGUAGAGCGUGACGAGGCGGAGGACGAGGAGGACGAGAAGGACGUCAAGGAGGAAGACCAGGAACUUGAAGAAGAAGAAGAAGGCGAGGAAGAAGACGGCGAAGAGGAGAGUGCUGCGCUGGCCUUCCACAAUACCAUCAAAGCCAAGGCCGAUAUCGGACAGGUGGCCGGCGAUGGCAUUCUCGUGCUCAAAGAAGUUUUGGUUCUUACGCCGCGUGGCCGCUACGAUAUCGACAUGUUCCCUUCCUUUUUGCGCCUGCGCGGCAAGACGUACGACUACAAGAUUCUUUACAGUUCCAUCACGCAGCUAUUCCUCCUGCCCAAGCCAGACGAAGUGCAUGUCCUGUUUAUUGUGGCGCUGGAUCCGCCGAUUCGACAAGGCCAGACGCGGUACCCGUUCCUUGUGCUACAGUUCCCACGCGAAGAGGAAAUGGACGCCGAGCUCAAUCUCGACGAAGAGACGAUCCAGACCAAGUACGAGGGCAAGCUCAAGAAGCGGUACGAGGAGCCAACCUUCCGCAUCGUCACGAAUCUUUUCCGCGUAUUCUCCCAGCAAAAAGUACACGUGCCUACAGGCUUUACCAACAGCACGGGUCAGGAAUGCGUGCGUUGCAAUGUCAAGGCGAACGAUGGUGUGCUAUACCCACUCAACCGCGGGCUUAUCUGGGUAUCCAAGCAGCCUGUCCUCAUUUCGUACAAUGACGUGCACCAAUUCGUGUUCAGUCGCGUAGGCGGCGCUGUGGCGUCGGCCAAGACGUUUGAUAUGCGCGUGGAAUUGUCGCACGGCGUCGAUCAUACGUUCCAGUCCAUCAGCCGAGAAGAACUCGAUAACCUCAACCACUUUUUCGCGGAACGCAAACUGCGUGUCAAGAACGAGCUCACCGAGGAGGCGAUGGGCAUCAAAGCAUCCGUGGACGAGCUACUGGGUGACGAUGAUGACGAAGAUGAGUCCGGCAAGCGCCGUCGCGAUGACGACGACGACGAUGACGAAGAAGAAGACGAAGACUUUGAGGCCGAGUCAGAUGACGACGACGGUGGCAGUCCAUCCGAAGGCUCGAGUGACGACGAAGACGACGACGCCGUGCCGGACGAAGACGACCCACCCAAGUCGAAAAAGCCCCGGACAUAG